AUGCUCCGAGUGUGCAUCAACGUGGAGGACGCGCUUGCACUGAGCAAGCGGUGGCAGGUCCCGUUGCUGGUAUUCGUGCACAGCGCUAUUGAAGAGACGCCCAGGACCCAUACCGACGAUGUUGACUUGGCGGAAAUGUAUACGUUGUCUUCCCAUGGAAAGCGCGUCAUGAAGGCAACGUUUCAGUUGGGUAGCGCGCCGCUGGCCGGCAAUGGGGUAGCUCAGCGGCAUGCGUUGGAGGUCGUGUUGCACGCAUCCCGCUUGGAUUUAAUGGCGGUUGUGCAUUUUAUGGAGGCAGGGUCUGCGGCGCACAACCUCUUCGUUGCCGCGGUGCCGGAGUCCAGUACCAGCGUUCCGCGUCUGCAUGUCUUUCCACCCUCGUUACGGGAACGUCCACGGAGUGUGUUGAGCGGUUCCACCCUUACCCCUGAGCUUAUUUGCGAGGCCGUUCGCAUUGAGCUGCAGAUGCCCCCACCAACGAAACUUGCCGGAGCGAAGGAGGAAUUUAUGCGGCACGUUGAAGAGAUGAAUGCUGCCACGGCGGCGGGGGGCAGCGGUGCGGCGGCGUUGAUGAGAGCUGGAGUCGGCGCUGCUUCUGCGCAUACAAUGGCGUCGGGGGCGGGUUUCAAUGGUCCUACGGGUCUGCACUUUGUUGCGCUCAACGGCCUUGAGAAACGGGAGGUGGUCGUCACCUCGCCUGGCAUGACGCUGCGUACCGUGUGGGUGAAGGUCCAGCAGGCCCUUAACCGGGAGCAGCAGGCGGCGGGCGAGGCGGCGCAUCCACCUGGGAGCGCGACUUUUGUCCUACACGUCGCACCGCCCGCUACCGCUGCCGUGGGAGCCGUCAGUGAAGGAGAAACGACCGACCAGGUGGUGGUGGUGGUGGACUCUGUGGAGGCGGCCGCCAGGCUUGAUAUUCAGACGCUGCCGCACAACACAACGGUGACGGUUGUACGGGGCGGGGCGAGUGCGACAGCGCCGCAGCCCGCUGGGGAAGAGUGCAACCGUGGACCGCACACCAAGCACGGCGAGGAGCGACCGACGGGAUGCUGCGAUGGAGGCGUGUGUAGGAUUCGUGGCACGCCUCCGAGCAGCGAGCCGAACUCCGCCCAACAGCAGAAAACGAUGCCGGCACCCCCCACAACCCCCGCCAUGGAAGCAAGCGAGGAAGCACCACCGGAGCCAAAGCCCGCCGUUGCCAAGGCAUCUGCCUGUAUUCACGUGCGCUGCUCCCUGCCGAGCGGGGGCACCCACACCGUGGAUGAGCUUGACCCCGCUGUUGCAACCUUAUCCACGCACCUGCGUUGCCCCCUUGCAGAGCUGCUUGGUCACAACGCCUUUGUCUUUGCUCGCGCGUACCCGCCUCAUCGCUUCUCCCUAGAUGAGGAGGCACAACCGCUUGAGACCCUCGGCAUGCGCACCUCGUCAGCAUUGCGAGUCGUUCCCACCGGUGGCCCAUCCACAACACUCCCACCGGAGCGAAAACCUUCAAAUAACAGUAAAGGUGGAUUAUAUGAUCUCGUGUCCUCGCUGCUGCGACGUGGCACUGGGUUAACUCCUGCCGCUGCACCCGCGCACGUCCCUCGUGAAUCCGUGCUUGCCGGUAAUGUACGUGGCACUGCUACGACUGACACAAGGGUCCGAUUCGGCACUAUGGCCGAGCUCCGUGCGAAGGAGGAGGAAGAAGAAAAACGCGUUGCGGCCGAGGCCAACGCGAUGACCGAUCGCCAAAACGAAUACCGUAAGAAGGCGAACAGGUACUAUGGUGGGAGUUCCACUGAGUACACGGGAUGGGACGGCAACGAGGAGGAAGAGGAGGGGAAGGAUGAAGAAAAAGAAGGCGGUGCUGGCAACGGCGGCAAGAAGUUUACGGGACACGCCAAAAGGAAUUUUUAG